AUGAUGUGCGUAUGCUGCUUGAGACCCGAAGAUUCUUCGGAAGACUCGUAUACCGAGAUAGCACCCGACGAGAGAGCCAGGGAAGCGUCAGAUUACGAGGAGUUAGCAAUGGUGUGCCCCUCUCGUGGUGAGUACGCUAAGGCUAAAGAAUAUUUCGAAAAAGCUCUUGCGAUCAAUACUGAAACUGGCGACUUAGAAAGUAAAGGUACGUACUACGUAAAUUUAGGAACUGCGUGCAGCUCACUUGGAGAAUACGCCGAGGCCAAAGAAUAUAUCGAAAAAGCUCUUACCGUCGCAACUGAAAUGGGCGACGAAGAAGGAGAAGCAUUGUGUUAUCGAAACUUGGGAACUGCGUGUUUUUUCCUCCAUAAAUAUGUCGAGGCUAAAGAGCACGCCGAAAAAGCACUUGUGAUCAGAAUUGAAAUUGGCGAUGGAGCAGGUGAAUUAGAAGAUUACGCAAUCUUAGGAAUGAUGCAUACGUCGCUCUGUGAAUAUGACAGGGCUAAAGCACGUCUCCAAAAAGCACUUGAGAUCAAAAUUGAAAUUGGCGACCGAAAAUGGGAAGCAACAGAUUGUGCAGACCUGGGUACUGUGUUCAGCUUGCUUGGCGACCAAGUCCAAGCACAGGAGUGCUUACAGAAAGCACUCGCCGUCCUGAUUGAAGUUGACGACGAAUCAGGGGAAGCAGAAGUUUACGAAAACUUGAGUGCGUUGUUUUAUUCGCUCAGUGAAUACGCCAAGGCGAAGGAAUAUCUAGAAAAAGCACUUAGAAUCAGAAUUAAAACUGGCGACAGAUAUGGUGAAGUAAAGAAUUACGAAACCCUUGGAGUUGUGUGUAGCUCGCUUGGUGACCUCGUCAAGGCUAAAGAUUAUCUCGUAAAAGCUCUUGCGAUCAAUAUUGAAACCGGCGACUUAGAAGGUAAAGCAAUGUACUACUUAAAUUUAGGAACCGUAUGCAGCUCACUUGGAGAAUACGCCGAGGCUAAAGAAUAUUACAAAAAAGCUCUUCCCAUCUUGACUGAAAUUGGCAACAAAGCUACGUACUACGUAAAUUUAGGAACUGUUUGCAGCUUCCUUGGAGAAUACAGCGAAGCUAAAGAAUAUUACGAAAAGGCUCUACCCAUCGCAACUGAAAUUGGCGACAAAGCUACGUACUACGCUAAAGAGCACACCGAAAAAGCACUUGCGAUCAGAAUUGAAAUCGCCGAUAGAGCCGGUGAAUCAGCAGAUUACGCAAAUUUAGGAAUGACGCAUAGGUCGCUCUGUGACUAUGUCAGAGCUAAAGCAUGUCUCCAAAAAGCACUUGAGAUCAAAAUUGAAAUUGGCGACCGAAAAGGAGAAGCAACAGAUUGUGGAAACCUGGGUACUGGGUUCAGCUCGCUUGGCGACCAAGUUCAAGCACAGGAGUGCUUACAGAAAGCACUCGCCAUCCUGAUUGAGGUUGGCGACGAAUCAGGUGAAUACGCCAAGGCGAAGGAAUAUCUAGAAAAAGCACUUGGAAUCAGAAUUAAAACUGGCGACAGAGAUGGUGAAGCAAAGAAUUACGAAACCCUUGGAGUUGUGUGCAGGUCGCUUGGUGACCUCGUCAAGGCAAAAGAUAAUCUCGCAAAAGCAGUUGCCAUCAGGAUUGAAAUGGGCAACAGAGAGGGAGAAGCCCCAGGUCACGCAAACCUAGCAACGGUGGUUUGGUCCCUUGGCGACUACAAUAAGGCUAAAGAGUACAUCGAAAAAGCACUUGCGAUCAACAUUGAUAUCAGCGACAGAGAAGGGUUGUCAUCACGUUACGGAUUCUUAGGAACUAUGCAUCGGUCGCGAGGUGAAUACCUCAAGGCUAAACAAUGUUACGAGAAAGGACUUGCUCGGAUUAGGGAAACUGGAGAUAAAAAAGGAGAAGCAACAAUUGCUGGAAUGCUAGGAGCUGCAUUUUUUUGGCUAGGUGAAUAUGUCAAGGCUAAAGAACAUCUUAAAAAGUCCCUAGCGAUCAGAAUUGAAACUGGCGACAGAGUGGGUGAAGCAUCAGAUUGUGGAAACCAAGGAACGUUGCUAUCAGAACUGAAACUGGCGACAAAAGAGGAGACGCAUCACAAAAGAAAGUUAGGAAUUGUAUGUAAUUCGCUUGGUGAAUACUUCGAGGCUAAAGAAUUUCACGAAAAAGCCCUUUCAAUCAGAAUUGAAAUUGGUCACAGAAAUGAAAAUGCAUCUGGAGGCAGGGAAGCAGCACAUUACGAAAGCAUAGCAAAUUCGAAUUGUUUGCUUGGUGACUUUGUCAAGGCUAAAGAGUGUUUCGAAAAAGCCAUUACCAUCAGAGUUGAAAUCGGUGACAGAAGAGGAGAAGCAUCAAAUUACGGAAACUUAGGAACUGUCUUUGAGUCGCUUGGUGAGUACGUCAAAGCUAAAGAAUAUCAAGAAAAAGCACUUGCUGUCAUGAUUCAAAUCGGCGACAAAUCAGGUGAAGCAACAGCCUACGGAAAUUUGGCUACUGUGUUAUGGUCAAUUAGUGACUACAACAAGGCCGAAGAAUAUCAAGAAAAAGCGCUUGGAAUCAGAAUUGAAAUUGGUGACAGAAAAGGAGAAGCAACAAAUUAUGGAAAUUUAGGAACUGUGUUUCAUUUUCUUGGCGAACACGUCAAAGCAAUAGAGUACAUCGAAAAAGCACUGGCAAUUAAUAUCGAAAUUGGCAAUAGAGCAGGCCAAGGAGUAGAUUUCGGAAACUUAGGAACGGUGUACACCUCUCUUGGCGACUACGUCAGAGCACGAGAAUAUCUCCAGAAGGCUCUUGCAAUCAGAAUUGAAAUUGGUGACAGAAGAGGAGAAGCAUCAGAUUACGGAAACUUAGGAACUGUGUUUCAUUCGCACGGUGAAUACUUGGAAGCAAAAAAAUAUUUCAAAAAAAAAGCCCUUGCAAUCAGGAUUGAAAUUUGUGACAGAAGAGGAGAAGCAUCAGAUUGCGUAAACUUAGGGAGAGUGUUUCAUUCGCUUGGUGAAUACGUUGAGGCGAAAAAUUAUUUAUACAGAGCACUCGCGAUCACAACUGAUAUUGGCGACAGGAGAGGAGAAGCAUCAGUUUACGGAAACUUAGGAACUGUGUUUAACUCGCUUGGUGAUUACGCUAAAGCUGAAGGAUAUCUCCAAAAAGCACUUGCCAUUAGGAUUGAAAUUGAUGACAGAUCAGGUGAAGCAAAGACUUACGGAAACAAAGGAACUUUAUUUAACUCGCUCGCCGACAACGUCAAAGCUAAACAAUGUUUCGAAAAAGCACUAGCAAUCAGCAUGGAAAUUGGUGAUAGAGGAGGAGAAUCAAGAUAUUACGGAAGUCUCGGAGCUACUUUUAUCUCGCUUGGUGAAAAUUUCAAGGCUAAAGAAUACAUUCAGGAUGCAAUCGCCAUUGUAACUGAAACUGGUGACCGGUCAGGUGAAGCAACAAGUUAUGGAAACUUAGGAGCUAUUUUCAGCUCACUUGGUGAGUACAUCAAGGCUAUAGAGUAUCAAGAAAAAGCAUUGGCCAUAAGAAUUGAAAUUGGUGACAGAAAUGGAGAAGCAUUUUGUUACGGAAACUUAGGAACUGUGUUUAGCUCACUUGGAGAGUACGCCAAGGCUAAAGAAUAUCACGAAAAAGCACUUAGCAUCAGAAGUGAAAUUGGCCACAAAGCAGGAGAAGCAACCGACUAUGGGAACUUAGGAACAGUGUUUUACUCGCUUGGGGAAUACGUCGAGACCAUAGAAUAUCAAGAAAAGGCACUUGCAAUUAGAAGUGAAAUUGGUGACAGGAAAGGAGAGGCAUUUUGUUAUGGAAACUUAGGAACUGUGUAUGCCUCGCUUGGCGACAAUGUCAAAGCAGGUGAUUAUCACAAAAACGCACUCGCUAUCAGAAUUGAAAUUGGUGACAGAGAAGGGCAAAUAUUCGAUUACUUAGAUCUAGGAUGCAUUUUUACAUCCCUCGGUGAUUAUGAAGUUGCUAAAGAAUAUUUGGAAAAGGGAUUGUCCAUAUCAAGAGAUAUUGGAUGUGCUGCAACUGAGAUGAAAAUGCUUCUUAUAUAUGCACAGCUUAAACUUUCUCAAAACAGAAUCCAAGAUUCGUUUCUUUACCUCCAUCAGUGUAUUGAAAAAUAUGAAAUGCUGCGCGUGCUUCUUGGGGUGAAUGAUCGGUUUAAAACAUCGUUUUUGGAGGAUAGUGGUGCAAUUCCUUACACGAUGUUCAGUGUAUUGCUCACAGUCCAUGGAAAUCCUUGUGGUGCUCUUUAUGUUGAAGAGCUGGGACGAGCAAGAGGUCUGGCAGAUUUGAUGGCAGCAAAGUACUCUGUUGAAACGCAAAUCUCUGCUGAUCCACAGUCGUGGUCUGGAAUUGAAAACAUAAUGAGAGCGGAAGCAAACUGUGCUUGUCUAUUGGUGUUUUGCCAGCACAGUAAAUAUUGCGAAGAUCGAUCUUUGAACGUCGGUGAGCCGCAAUCAAUUUCACCCAAGCAAGAGAACACCACAACAUUGCGACUUCUGGAGGAAGACGACGAAGAAAUCACAGAAGAAAAUAUCAAUUUUUCAUCCUUUUGCUACAAAUUCUUCAUCGCCCCUGUGGCUGACUUACUCGAGGAGCCUGAAGUCAUCAGUGUACCUCAUGGCAGCUUAUAUAAAAUUCCAUUUGCUGCCCUGAGUGAUAAGGAGGGCAAAUACUUAUCGGAGUCUCAUCAGAUCCGUAUAGUUCCUUCAUUGACGACACUCAAGCUAAUUCAAGAUAGUCCAGUGGAUUAUCACAGUCGGACUGACGCACUGAUCGUGGGUGAUCCCACAGUUGACUGGGUCAUGUACAAGGGAGGUAUUCAGCACAUCAGCUCAUUGCCAUGCGCAAGAAAGGAAGCAAAGAUGGUUGGACGACUGGUGGGCGUAGAACCUUUAUUAGGAGAGCAAGCGACGAAGCAGGCGGUAAUGAAGAAGAUAGCAUCAGUGAGCCUGAUACACUUUGCUGCACAUGGCGAUGCCGAAAGAGGAGAAAUCGCUCUUUCUCCCAUCCGUACUCGUGACAAUCCUGAUAUCACCCCACAAGAAGAAGAUUAUCUAUUGACGAUGGCUGAGAUAUCAGAAGUUAAAGUCAGAGCUAAACUGGUUGUGCUCAGCUCCUGUCAUAGUGGAAGUGGAGAGAUCAAAGCCGAGGGAAUCAUUGAAAUUGCUCGAGCAUUCUUAAGAUCCGGUGCUCGGUCAGUGUUGGUUGCACUGUGGGCUAUAUCAGACACAGCAACAGAACAGCUCAUGAAUUGUUUCUAUGAACACCUUGUGCGUGAAGAAAGUGCCAGUGAUUCUCUUCAACAGGCCAUGAAGUGGAUGAGGAAUAACGGCUUUACAAAGGUCUCUGAGUGGGCUCCGUUCGUACUCAUUGGAGAUGACAUAACAUUGGAGUUUGAAAAAUCAAACUUCGAAAAGUAA